AACAUAUCCCUUCUCUGAUUUUUCAAAAAAAAAAAAAAAAAAAAAAAUUGUGCCUAUUAGUACAGACGGUUUAAAAUUUUAAACGUAGAACUUAUUUAAAAACAUCCGACAACAUUUUGUUCCGCUUCUCGUUCGGUUCCUCCGGACCCGUUUUUCAUCUAAACCCGUAGCAAAGAUGGCGGAGAAAGAAGAGAGUGGUGAAGCUGGGAAAGACAAAACUGAGCUGCAGAUCAUCAAGGAGCUGGUGGAUGAGCUGUAUAACUUCAGAGAUUGCUAUUUCGAGACGCACAGCGUGGAGGAGGCCGGACGGAAAGACGACAAUGUCAAGCGGAAGAUGGGACAGACACUGAAGAAGCUGGAGGAGAAAGACCGCUUAAAACACAAAUCAGAGUUUCUGCUGCAGAAAGGCAGGUGUCUGAACGUGUCCCCGGACUUCAGCGCUGCAGCCGAGGAGUGCCUGUCCCGAGCCGUAAAGCUGGAUCCCACCCUGGUCGAGGCCUGGAACAUACUGGGGGACCAGUACUGGAAGAAGGGAGACCUGAUUGCUUCCAAGAACUGCUUCACUGGGGCCUUGCAGCAGGAGAAGAAUAAGGUAUCUCUACGCAACCUCUCCAUGGUGCUGAGGCAGCUGCCAGCAGCUAACAGCGAUGAACACAGUAAGCGUGUUCUGGAGAGUGUGGACUUGGCACGGGAAGCUGUGCAGCUGGAUGUCGGUGAUGGGACUUCAUGGUGUAUUCUUGGAAAUGCCUUCUUGUCUCUAUUUUUCACGUGCGGACAGAAUCCACAAUUCUCUCAGCAAGCUCUUAAUGCCUAUGCGAAAUCUGCGGCAGACCGGAUUGCCUCCAGCAUGCCGGAUCUACACUUCAACAGGGCCAACCUGUUCCACUACGAGGAGAUGUUUGGAUGCGCGCUCGAAGGCUACAGCCGAGCCGCAGAGUUGGACCCAAACUGGGGGGAGCCGCCGGAGAAAGAGAAGCAGCUGCUGGAGUACCUGGAGAAAGUGACAGAACUCAUCCACAACAAGGGCAAGGUGAAAACACGUCGGCUGAGGACGAUGUUGUCAAACCUCAACACGUCAGCUCUGGGGCCAUGCUCAUCCCCACGGUUUCGCUCUCCAUCUGGCCGUGUGGGCAGCCUGGAGCCGCGAUCCCUCUCCUCGCUCACACAUGGCCACAAUGCUGGGGUGGCCGCCCUGGGGAAGGUGGUGUUCAGCCUGGCCUCUCAGGGUCGCAUGGCCUUUACGUUUGGCAUGGUUGACAGUGAGGAGACGUGUAUCGUGGUGAUGGUGUACAACACAGCAGACACCUGGGGCGUCCUGAUCGGCGAUUCUGUGGUCAUCCCUGAACCCAACGUCAAGCGUCACAGCAUCACACAUAAAGACAAGUCAUAUGACUUUAAAAGCAUACGGGUGGACUCUCCCCUGCUCCUCAUCGUCAACGGCAAGAAGCAGAACGUCCAAAGUCAAAUCCCCAUCUCUGUCAGCAACCAGUACCACCAGAAACCCAAGGAAGCAGACUGAAACCUUCGGCUGGAGUUACGUUGUUUGUUUAGGUUUUUUGAAAAGUUCCAAUUUCUGUGCCUGUUUUUAACAUUUCUUUUGUAAAUACCCGCCACUUUUUUUUUGUUUGUUUAUAUUUAUCAACAGGGUUGUUUCAUAAGUGAAUGAGCGUGUAAUGUUGAGUCCUGAACUCUGUUUGCUUGGGCGAGAAGAAAAAAAACAUUUUUUCCGUGAA